AUGAGCAUUCGGGCAUGGCGGGCGAAAUCCUUGCAGCACGGUAGCGCCGCAUCGCUGGGAGAGGCCGCAUUGCUGGAAAUCCAGCGCCUCGCAGCGAUUCAUCGGGAGGGUAGGCAGCAGCAGGAUCGAAAUCUUCAUGGCGAGCAGGAGAUCAAAGAUCAUGCGAACCGCAUCCGGCAGUGCGGGCGCGCCGGAGAUCUGGCCGAGGCCGAGCGGGUUCACGCCGCGGUGCUGCGAUCCGGGCUCGGCGGCGAUCGCUUCCUCUCCAAUCUCUUGGUGGAGAUGUACGGCAGGUGCGGCGGCGUGGAGGGCUCCCGUACGGCGUUCGAUGCCAUUGAGUCCCCAAACGUCUACUCGUGGACGCUGCUCAUCGCGGCAUAUGCCCGCAAUGGGCAUCACAGGGAAGCCAUGGAGGCGCUGAGGAGAAUGGAUCUGGAUGGAGUAGAGGCCGAUGCUUUCACUUACUCCACCAUUUUCAACAUGAUCUCGCGCAAGGAGAUGCUGCCCCAGGCAAGGUGGCUCCACGAGAGAGUCUCGACGUCUUUGGAGCUUGGGUUGAACAGAGAUAUCUUCCUGGGAACUGCCAUCGUCAACAUGUAUGGGAAAUGUGGCAGCAUACACGACGCCGAAGAGAUGUUCUUUCGGAUGGAGCACAGGGACGUGGUGGCCUGGAACGCGAUGCUCUCGGCCUAUGCUCACAACGGGUACGAGCUCGAGGCCGCCAAACUGUUCCAGGAGAUGGAACACGAGGGAGUCAAGGCGGACAGGGUGGUUUUUGUGAGCCUUCUCGAGGCUUGCUCUAAGCUGGGGGACUUGGAGCAAGGGAAGGUGGUGCACGGGCGCGUGACCGAGCUCGGGUUUGAGGCCGAGGACGUUCUCGGGCACGCGCUGGUGAACUUAUACGGGAAGUGUGGAGCGCUGGAGGAAGCAAGGUCGCUUUUUGGUAAGAUUGUUUCUAAGAAUGUGGUGUCGUGGAACGUCUUGAUAACGGCCUAUCUGCAGAACGGGCUCGUGGAGGAUGCACUCAAGCUCUUCACAGAGAUGGCGCUGGAUGGGACCAGACCCGACGACGUGACCUUCAACAAUCUCGUCAACUUGUGCACGGGGGUGGUGAGCUUAGAACAAGCCAGGAUUCUCCACCGGCGAUUGAUCGAGAGUGAGAUCCACGUAGACGCUGUAAUGAGGAACGCCGUCAUGAAUCUCUACGUGAAAGCUGGGAGUUUGGAAGAUGCCAUGGCCGAGUUCUAUCGCAUGGAAGUCAGGGACGUGGUUUCGUGGACGCUCAUGCUUUCGACAUACUCGCAGUCUGGAUACGUAGACGAAGCAUUCAAGCUGUUUCAUCAGAUGGACCUUGAAGGCAUUGAGGCCGAUGCCGUCACCUACAUUGCAGUUCUCGACGCCUGUGAUUGCUCCGAGCUCCUGGAGCAAGGCCGGAGAGUGCACGCUCGAGCAGCUCAGUCAGCUUUUCAUGAAGAUGUUGCUGUCAGCACUUCGCUCGUCAACAUGUAUGGGAAGUGUGGAAGCUUAGUCGAAGCCAAGACAUUGUUCGACGGGAUGAGCUUUAGGAACGAGUUAUCAUGGAACGCAAUGGUGAGGGUUCUCGGGUUUAACGGGCAGAGCAACGAGGCUUUUCGAGUCUAUCAGGUGAUGCAGCUAGAAGGGGUUAAGCCAGACUCGACUACGUUACUCAUCCUCCUCGACGCUUGCAAAGAUUUGUCACAGGGGCGGAUGGUCCACUCCAAGAUCAUCGAAUGUGGAUUCGAUCGGGACAAAGGUGUCCCGCACACGCUUGUGAUCAUGUACGGGAAGCAUGGAGAUCUAGAAGAAGCCAACCAAGUGUUUCGGAAAAGUGUCCCGGAUUGCGGGAAGGAUCUAGCCAGCUUAUGGAACGCUUUCAUCGUAGCUCACACACACAACGGCCAGACCGAACAAGCAGCUCAGCUUCUUCACAGUAUGGACCUCCAGGGCGUAAGACUCAACAAGUUCAGCUACGUUGCUCUGCUCGACGCGUGCUCGACGUUACAACAGGUGGAGCAGCUCCACUUACGACUGCUUGCGGAAGGAUUGGAGGCAGAUCAAGAGAUUGGCAACACACUCAUCACCUCGUAUGGCCAGUGUGGUAACAUAGACGCUUCAAGAGCCGUCUUCACGGGAAUGGAGUGCAAGAACGUGAUUUCGUGGACUUCUUCCAUUGUAGCUCACGCAACCAACGGGCAGGCUAGCCAGGCGAUGGAGCUGCUUCAUCAAAUGCAUCUAGAAGGCGUUCAUCCAAACAAAGUCACUUUGCUGGGCUUGAUCGAUGCGUGCGUGAGCCUGGCAGCAGCAGUGGACAAAGACGAGAGAAGUAUCGUCAUACCGGAGUAUGUUCUAUCUGUGGCCAGCAGAUUCGAGUCGACUAUCGUGCUAGAGACUGCGCUGCUCAACAUGCACGCCAAGUGUGGCAACGUAGAGGAAGCCGAGAGGAUUUUUUUUGAGAAGAUGGCCGAUGGGGAAAGGGACUCUAUCGCAUGGAAUGCCAUGGUUUCUGCCUAUGCUACCAACGGACACGGCCUGGAGACGAUUGAACUAGUGCGAAGGAUGGACUUGGAAGGGAUAAAGCUGCACAGAGUCACCUUUCUGGGCCUGCUGGACGCCAUUGCUGGAGUGGGAGACAUCACGAUGGUGAAGCAGACACACGCAAGGCUGACCGAGGCAGGAGUUCUUCCCAGCCUCGCACUAGAGAACAGUCUCAUAGCUGCUUAUGGACGUUGCGGGAGUGUGGAGGAUGCAAAGUCCGUUUUCAAGGGUAUCUCGUGCAACAAGGAUUCCGUCUCCUGGAGCGCUCUCAUCGUGGCUCUCUCCCAAAACUGGCAGGCUUCUCCGGCACUAGAGCUCCUCAAGAGCAUGGACUUCGAAGGGGUCAAGGCAGGAAAGGUGGCCCUGCUGAGAAUGGUGGAGUCGUGUGCGCUGCUGGGAGCUCUUGCUCACGGCAAAUCUCUCCACACUCGCAUCCUCCGCUCGGGCUUCCAGGCGGAAGAGGUCCUCGCCAACGCACUCAUCGCCAUGUACGGGAAGUGCGGCUGCCUGGAGACCGCCAGGAAGCUCUUCGAAGACGAGCUUCAGACGCCUGAUCCGGGUGGUAGAACCAGGAAGAACAACGUAGUAACUUGGACGACGAUGGUCACCAUCUACACGUCCGCUGGCCACCCCAGUGAAGCGCUGGAGCUCUUCUACGGCAUGGUGUUGCAAGGCGUCCUUCCCACCUCGGUAACGCUCACCAGCAUUCUCAGCGGCUGCAGCCACGCCGGCCUCGUCGGCCAGGGGAUGCACUACUUUGCGUGCAUGGUGGAAGAUCACGGCGUCACUCCCACGGCGGAUCACAUGAACUGCCUUGUGGACUUGCUGGGACGAGCAGGCUGGCUCCGGGAGGCCGAGGAUUUGAUCAGGAAGAUGCCGGCGGGAGACCCUCUAACUUGGAAGGUCCUCCUGGGAGCUUGUAGGCUCCAUGGAGACUUGGAGAGAGGCACAAACGCAGCGCGGAAGGCAUCAAACUUCUUUGACCACUGCGAUUCGUCGCCUUACGUGUUGCUGAGCAACAUGUACCUGGAGAAGGAUCCACAAAGCUUGACAAACUGCGAAUCGUCCGGACUAGUUCCAACUUCAUGAUCGAUCACACAGGUACUCGUUUUAACUUCGUGAACGAAGGUACUUAUAUUGGUACCUCUGUGAUUAACGGUUUUUCCAAGCUUGACAAACAGCUCCGUGUUCUUGCACAGCAGCUAUGAGCAGCGUCAAGGAUCGGCAUGGCCAGCCAUUUCCUCGUCGCUGGACGCGUAAUCCUCAUCAGUCACUUCCGCGUCGCUGCUCUCUUCGGGGUGAGCUGCC